AUGGAGCGCGUUGAUGGGGCGACGGUGAUAAAAGAUGCCGGAAGUGCGCGUACCAGUCGGAGACCUUGCCCCACGUAUUGUGUCACUGCGACCCAUAUUUGGCCGCUCGGCAGUUGCGGCACAACGCGAUUAUCGAGAGGCUUGCCGCGGCCUUCAGGCUCCCCGGGGGUUAGGAUCAACCAGAGCGUCCCGGGCGUCGACGGAGACCUCGUGGCUCUGCGUCCUGACAUAGUCAUUACGCACGAGCCGUCGAGGACCAUCGUCAUGGUAGACGUGACCGUUCCGUUCGAGAAUAAACGCGAGGCAUUGGAGAAAGCUAGGCUAGAAAAAAUCCAGAAAUAUCGGCCUCUCGCGGACGCGUUAAUGAGCUUCGUCGUAGGCGCCCUGGGCGCCUGGCACACACAUAACGAUUUCCUAUGCUCCCUGCUGCGCAUUUCGCCAGGAUACGCGUCGCUGAUGCGAAAGCUCAUGGUCUCGGAGACCAUCGUGAGCACGCCCGCGCGCGCGAACACCUCCGCGGCAAACGCCUUAGACACCGGCUCCGAGACCAUAGCAGCGCAGCAGGACUCUGACCCCCCCUCCCCAGUUAAUUAA